GGCUAGCCUAUGGAAGUUUUCUCAAAACAUGUGAUUUUUUGGUAUACAACAACAUAACCUUACAAAAUAAAUCAAAAGCAUUGUUAAUAAAAAUUAUUAAAUUGUUAUCUAUUAAAAUUCAUCAUUUAAUUUAUUAAAUAAUAAAUAAUUAUGAUGGAUAAAAUAAGGAGUGAAGAUUCCGACCAAUCUGAUGGCCCCGUAGUUGAUAAUUUCGAAACAGAGAUUGUUUUCAAAUGGAAACCAAAGUCUGGACGAAUUUGGAAAGAACAGCGAAAGAGAUUUUCAUCGAUAAUUAAAACAAGAGGUAUUCGAUUAUCUUUUGAACAGAAACAAAAGUUGAGGGAGGAUUUAAAGCGUGUUAAAGAACAAUCAAAAGCUUUAAUUGAACAAAAAAAAGCUGAGAAGGAAGCGCAAAAACAAAGGAGAAUUGAAAACCUUAAAAGAGCACAAGAAAAUCAAAGGAAAAGUGAAGUUGUACAAGUGAUCAAAAACACUGCAAAAAUAAAACGAAUGAAAAAGAAACAAUUAAGAAUGAUAGAAAAACGUGAUACUGUCAAAACUUCAUAAAAUUAUUCAUGUCUUUUUGAUAAAAACGUUUUUUAUAUAAAGAAAUAAUUCUAAGUUA